GUUUGCCCCGCGGAUUCACUAAGAGUACUAUCCAUGAACACUCCACGCCAGCAUCUCGGCUGCCCUCAUAUAAAGUAUAGUAUGCACGGCAAACAAGCGACACUCGUCUCCUCGAAUACCCUCCAUAUGUAUGCCCACGAGAAGGCUGCCGAACGCGCAACCGACGGGCAGACGGCCUCCACUUCGACCCUGCUUCGGUCAGGUUCCAUAAAUUACUUUUGUCAACAAGCUAUUGCAUCGACUAACGACUUCUACGACUUCUGACGAUGCCUGCUAUCAAACCGGGAUCUCUCGUUCUGGUCACAGGCGCGAGUGGUUACAUCGCCGCGCAUACUGUAGACACACUCUUGAAAAGGGGGUUCAACGUCAGAGGGACUGUUCGGAGUCAAUCCAAGGGAGGAUACCUCGCCAACCUUUUCAAGAAUGCCAAAGCCAACUUUGAGUAUGCCAUUGUCGGCGACAUCGCCGAGAAAGGGGCGUUUAAUGAAGUCGUUAGAGGAGUAGAUGCCGUGGCUCAUAUGGCUAGUCCUUGUCACUAUAACGCUGUUGAUCCUGCCGAAAUGCUUGGGCCCGCCAAGAGUGGUACUUUGGGUGUUCUAGAGAGUCUCAAGAGAUACAACCCUGACUGCAAACGUGUCGUCGUCACAAGCUCAGUCGGCGCUAUAAUCAACACGGAUCUUCUCCAGCAGAAACCUCACAAAUUCACGGAGGCCGACUGGAACCCCGUGAGUUUGAGAGUAUGCGAAGAGAAGGGCCGAGAUGCCGAUGGUGCCAACAUGUAUCGAGCCAGCAAGACUCUUGCAGAGCAGUCUUUCUGGAAAUGGAUCGAGGAUGAAAAACCAUCGUUCGACGGUGUCGCCAUUAACCCUUCAAGAGUACUCGGACCCAUCAUCCAAGAAUGUGCUUCACCCGAGUCUUUGAACGCCUCCGUCGGGUACUUUUAUGACUGGAUGAUUGGCAAAAAGACACAGGACGACCUUCCUGAUCCUGGUGGAAACUAUGUAGACGUCCGUGACUGUGCUAUGGGACAUGUGAGAGCUCUAGAGGUUGAAGAAGCUGCGGGCCAACGGUUCAUCACUGGUAACAACUCGUAUAGCGGGAACGACUUUGCCCUCGUGAGUAUACCUGACGCUGCUUCCAUCUCCUGCAGAAGCUGACUCCCCAAAAGUCUAUUGCCAGAGCAUACUUCGACCUCCCCAAUGUGCCCAGAGGCAAUCCAGACCCAGCAUACAACCAAAAACUGCGAGACGACUACAAUUUCUUUGACGGGUCGAAAGCUACUAGGGUGUUGGGUUUGCAGUAUAGGUCGAGAGAUGAGACGCUUGGGGAAAUGGCGAGGAGUUUGAGGGAGAGGUUUGAUGCCUUGUAGAUAUGUAGACGGUUAGAUGACUAGAUGUAAUUGGGAGGUGUCGGUGUGUGGUGUUCAUGUAUAUAUCAUACGUUACGCG